CGGACGACUUCGACGUUUGAAUGAGCGAUCUGCCUAUGUCCGCGUCUCUCUGGAAACGAACUCCCCAGGACCCACGCCAAUCCGACGGGAGGUGGAUCUAGUCAUCGUCCGAAACGGCCUGUAUAGCAGCAUCGGAAGGCAUCCGUUUUGCGAAGCCCUUUUCGUCUCUGCUGGUGCCCGGCAUCCUUCGGCUGAAGACUUCGUUUCUGCGCGCUCACCGACCCCCCGCGGACUCUCUGCCCACUGCUCUCCGCAUUGGCUUGCUGAUUGGGAACUUACUGCCGCAUUCGCUCCAAAACAGCGAGCGCCUGAACCCCUCGAACGCGUCGUUGUUCAGUACCCCUCCGGUUCUCGCGGGCGGAUAUGCCGUGGAUAUCUUCCGGUGUUGGUAGUCCUCAGAAAUGAUAUAAAAGACGCGGUUCUUGCAUGAGAUUCCAUACUCCCCAACCCUCCUUGAUCCUCUUUGUCACCCUCAUCGCAUAUCGUCAUGUCGGCUUCCAAGGUUUGGCUGAUCACUGGUGCCAACUCUGGCCUUGGUCUCGCCAUUGCGAAGUAUGUUAGCAGCCAAGGACAGCAGGUCAUUGCGUGCGCACGAGACACCUCUCGUAUCCCGCAAUCGCUGGCCUCGGCGACGACGACGUAUCAGCUUGACCUCAACUGGCCCGCUGCCAAGAUCAAGGCUGCCGUCGCUGACGCAGAAAAGCUGCACGGGCGUAUCGACGUCUUGCUCAACAACGCCGGGUACUGCGUAACGGGCCCUGUCGAAGAACUUGAUCCAAACGAUAUUGAGGCACAAUUCCGUACGAAUGUCUUCGGCCAGAUCUCUGCCAUCCAGGGCGUCCUGCCUACCAUGAAGCGUCAGAAGUCCGGGUACAUCCUCAAUAUUUCGUCCAUCGCCGGCUUUGCUGGUGGCCCGCCCUUCGCCGCUUAUAAUGCCUCCAAGGCGGCUCUCGAUGCCUUCACCGAAGCGCUUGCGACCGAGGUCGCGAAGUUUGGCAUCACGGCGAUCACCGUCGCUCCGGGAUACUUCCCCACCAACUUCUUGACCACAGCGAGUCUCACGGAGAAGCUCCCCGACAAGACGGAGUAUCCAGAGUACGCAGGCGUCACCGCAAAGUAUGCCGAGGUCCACCGGCGCGACAAGCAGGUGGGCGACGCAUCGCUCGCUGCGGCGCGGUUGUUUGAGAUCGUCAACGGUACCGGGUCCGUCGCCUGGAAGCCUGAAUGGCGCCGGCUGCCUUUGGGCCCCGACUCUGGGAAGCGCACGCUCGCGAAGCUGGAACAGAUCAAGCAGAAUGUAGAAGGUCUCGAGCCCGUGUGGGGCUCGACGGACAUGGCUCUUGACAAGAUUGAGGCUUUCUACGAGGGGAAGGCCUGGCAGGAAUAGAUGGCCCCUACAAGCGCAGAUGUGCAAGACGUUUUGAGAAGGAUUUGUUCAAUGUAGUAUAUUGGACUCCGAGCUGUAUACAGUAGGGUGAACUCCCAAGAGAUUGUCAUCUACGGCUAUAACAGAAAUGAUAUGUUCGUGGCUGCAGGGGACUCCGGUGUGCUCGUCGUGGAUAGUCGGGAGCGCAUGGUGGGCGUCAUUCAUGCAGGACAUUCAUCAGGUCUUGCAGCGUAUGCUACCCCGGCCUGAUGGAUUCUGCAGCACUUACUGAAUCAUUAUCGCGGCGCUGAGUUCGACAUCUAGCUUUUAUCUUGUCUUUCGGCAUUGUCCAUAUGUUGUUUCGCUGUAAUUGUAGACUUGUUCCCCACCGCUGUACCAAUGAUAUGACUGCCAUCUAGCCGCGUCAACAGAUAGCUUGGAAAAGUGCAUUGCGGUCGGUGAGACUCUUGUAUCAUCCCU